UGGAUCGGGCUGGGUUACCAACCAAUCUGACCCAACUUUUAAAAUGUGGAUGAUGCUUGCCGUCUUAGAUAAUUCUUCCUUCCUUUUUCAACUUCAAAUACAAGCUAUCUCUCAUCUCAUCGCUUUUUUUCAAAACCCUAAUUCCUCUUUCCGUUCCAAUCUCGUUUCACAAGAUCGCCUUCGCUGCUUUUCCGUUCAGGAAUUAUGUCUUUUGUGAGGAAUUAUCAAGCAGAAGAUCGUAGUUUACAUAGUGGUUACUGGUCCACCUAUGAUGAAAACGACUUUGGCCGCAACAAUAGGAAAAGAAGUAGAAACAAUUAUCACACCAGGAGUUUUAAUAUUUACAAUGAUAACCAGACAAAAUUCGGCGACCAUGGUUGUUCCUUCAAUUUUUCCUUGGCCGAUCAUGCCAAUUAUCUUAGAUAUGAUGCUGUUCCGUCAUCUCUGAAAAGGAGGAAAUAUUCAGCCCCUGUGUGGCAAGAAAGCCAUAGAUAUUAUAUUCCACCCAUGGUUCAUGACAAUAUCCCGUCCUCCUGUAAUUUUCAAGCUCCUCCUACAAGAUCCGAUGGUGAUGCCUCCACAUCAGCUGUCUUCAAGCACUGCUUCUCUAUUUUUGAAGAUGAUAAGCCUGUCUUCAUGUCAAGAGAUGAGAUUGAUAGAUACUCUCCAUCUAGGAAAGACGGUAUUGAUGUACAUCAUGAGACACACUUGCGGUACUCCUAUUGUGCUUUCCUUCAGAAUCUUGGAAUGCGUCUCGAGCUGCCUCAAACCAUCAUUGGGACAUCUAUGGUUCUAUGCCACCGUUUUUUUGUUCGUCGAUCUCAUGCAUGCCAUGACAGAUUUUUGAUUGCUACUGCUGCUCUUUUUCUUGCUGCAAAGUCAGAGGAAGCUCCACGCCCUUUGAAUAAUGUAUUGAGAGCGUCCAGUGAAAUUCUAAAUAAACAAAAUUUUGCUUUGUUCUCCUACCGGUUACCUAUUGAUUGGUUUGAACAGUACCGGGAACGGGUGUUUGAGGCUGAACAGUUGAUACUUACCACUCUAAAUUUUGAACUCAAUGUGCAGCAUCCAUAUGCAUCUCUCACGUCUGUUCUUAACAAAUUAGGUCUAUCAAAGACUGUUUUGGUGAAUCUGGCAUUAAACCUGGUCAGCGAAGGGAUAUUCACAAGAUUAGCGUGCUGGCCUGUAUGAUAUUCUUAGCUGGCGGAUUGAUAUGCUGUUCAUCAAAAGUUUUGUUUUACAUCUGAAGUUGAACUGCUGAUGUCUAAUGGAUUGCUUUACCUUGAAUAUGUCUCGUCAACUUUUAUUUUGGCUACCCAAGCUAGCCUCAAGAGCCCUACCCACAACUCAGUUUUUCUGUCUAACCCUCAAUUCCUUGUAGCUUAUGCUGAUUCUCAUCAGCCAAAGGUGCUCUCCAUAAUUUUUAGUAAAAUGGGUUGAAAGAAGAUAGUAAGUGACAUACAAACAAUAUGAAACUAACAAAAAAAGACUGAUACAGAGAGGCAAACAAUCUUAUCUUAAACAGUCUUAUCAUCAAAAGUUUUGUUUUACAUCUGAAGUUGAACUGGUGAUGUCUAUUGGAUUGCUUUUCCUAGAAUAUGUCUCAUCAACCUGUAUUUUGGCUACCCAAGCUAGCCACAAGAGCCCUCCCCCACAACUCAGUUUUUCUCUGUAACCCUCAAUACCUUGUAACUUAUGCUGAUUCCCAGUAGCCAAAGGGGGCUCUCCAUAAUUUUUAGUGACAUGGGUUGAAAAAAUAUAAUUUAAGUGACAUACAAUAUGAAAUUAACAAAAAUAAGACAGACAGAGAGAUGCAAACAGUCUUAUGUCAUCAAAAGUUUUGUUUUACAUCUGAAGUUGAACUACUGACGUCUGAUGGAUUGCUUUACCUUGAAUAUGGCUCAUCAACUUUUAUUUUGGCUACCCCACAACUCAUCUUUUCUGUGUAUUCUCAAUACCUUGUAACUUGGCCUGAUUUCCAUUAGCCAAAGGGCAUCUCCAUAAUUUUUAGUAACAUGGGUUGAAAGAAGAUAAUUAAGUGACAUACAGUAUGAAACUAACAAAAAAUAAGAGACAUAGAAAAGGAGAUAGAGAGAGGCAAACAGUCUUAUCUUAAAAAGUGUAAUGAAUGUUUGUUCCGAACAAGUUUUGGUUCAUGGUUAUCCAUUGAUCAUAAUGAGGCUUUUCAACUAGAGUCAACUUAUUACAUGGAGGAAAACACGGUUUUCUUUGCUGCUCUUUUAUUUUUACUAAAGAGGGUUAGAGUGUUUUUGUCUAUUCAUUUUUUCUUAAUUGAAAACAAAGACCUAUUCCUUGGUCUAUAUGUUGAUUUGGGAGAAAACUGUUUCGAGGAUAAAUCUGCUGAUAAAAUUCUCUCUAGAAGUGUUUCCUUGUGGUCAGUUUGAUUGCCAAAUUUUGGGUUUGUUAAAAGUUUCUUAACCUCCCUCUCGUUUCCCACAUUGAGUAUUUUGGUCACUCAAAUGGAUUACUUCAGUCACAUGAUUUUUUUCUUUUCCAGGUGUUUUAAAUUUGAAUUUGAUCCUUUUCCUACUUAAAAAGAUGUAUACACUCUAUCCAAUAAUUUGUUGAUGUAUCUGAAUAAGAGUUUGACUAUGACAACUACCUAAAAGGUCGUACAUUCUAAAUGAUUGGAUGAUAUUGUUCAAAUUUUUAUAUUUUUAUAUUGCGAAAAUAUAAAAUAUAUGUAAACAUUUGUUCUAAUUUAAAGCUAAUUUGUUUUAUCAAAAGUUCAAAUGUCCUUGUUCAUCUCUUACAGAUCACUCUUCCAAAUUUUUUGUUUCCUUGUUGGUUGACAUUUAAGUCAAUAAUGGGAAUGAAGUCUUUAAGAUUUAUCUGACUUUCAUUUGAAAUAGUUUUUUUUUUUUUUUUCAUUUUUCAAACUCAAUUUUUAGCUGUUCCCUACCUAGUUGAAUGUGGCUUUAUUGUUGUUUAAGUUAAAAUUGUGAGAAUUUACUUAGUGAUAUUUUUAGUUUUAACAGUAAUAGGGAUGUAUUGAUAUUUGGGAAAUGUUAUUCAUGGUCUUUUUUGUGUCCCUCCUGUGUGCUAAACACUUGCCCUUUGUUUAUUGAAGGAGAAAAGGUGGAGAGGAGAGAAAUAGGUGAGAAAUAAAAAAGAGAAAGUGUUUAGUAAACUGGAAAUGAGAGAAGAGAGAGAGAGAAAUAAGGUGUGGGGUUUACUAUUAUUUUUAUUGUAUUUCUCACCUAUUUAUCUCUUUCCUAUUUUUCUAUACUAGACACCUUCAUUUUACUCAACUUACUCAUUUCUGUUCACCUUUGUUGCUGGUGACUUUCUGUGAUGAUGCUAGUUUGUCCUUUGUAUUUGUUGUCUCCUCCUAGCUAUUUCUCAAAUUGUUUAUGGAAUAUGAUUUUUCUUGAUACCUCAUCUCAAAAAAAAAAAGAAAAAAGAAAA